AUGGGCUCCUUCCACGUGGGGUUGCUGCUACUGCUGGUAUCGAACAUGAUUUUGCGAUCUGAAGAAGCACAGUCCACUUUUAACUCUAGCAGUGAGUUUGACGAGGAAGAGAGUGACUCUGUUGCUUACAUGAUAAUAGUUGAGCACGGGGAGGGACAGCGAUGUGCGGGCUCUCUCGUCUCGCUGCGCACGGCGCUGUCAAGUGCGCGAUGCCUGCGGCUUAGCACCCCGCGCGCCACGCUCUGGGCGUUGGCGGCGGCGCUGGUUGUAGGCCACGGAACGGUGCGUGCUGCGGAUGGAGCUCGGCGUGUAAUUCGGGUGGCGUACGCCGGCACCGACUCUGCCGAUCCCGCCAACGACUUAGCUCUCCUUGCCAUCGACGAGCCAUUCGGCGAGAGCGCGCAGUCGCGUCCAAUCCUUAUGGCGACAGCUGCGGGCGUGUGUGACGCGGUGCAGGAUUGCAAUGCGGUGCGCGCACUGUCUCGGAACAACGCGCAUGGCGCGCAGGCUUUGCUCUUGCGCGUGAUUAGCGUGCACCGGGCACCACACGCCGUAUGUAACGCGCGCGUGCCUCACUGGGCUGCUCUCAAAGACCGUUCGCUUUGCCUGAAAGGAGAAACACUCUGCGAGAAUGAUGUGGGCGGUGGUGUUGUGUGUGCCGGCCUACUGUGCGGCGUAUUCAGCGCGGUGGGUGCGAACGAAGCGGCGGACGAAAGGUGCGGUGAUACAUUUGGAGCGCUGACUGUAGCGCGUUGGCGUCGCUUUUUGCAUUGUGCCCACACACAGCGACUGUGCGGCAGGGGUGACUGUGCGUCAUUAUGCACGGAGUACUGGUUAGACGGCUCCGACGAGCCCUCUCCGGCCGCAUCAUUCGGCUCACCCAUUCAGACUCUCGUGGAAGAUGUUAAUCACGCUCUGACAACGCCAGUUCGUUCAUCAUCACAUUACAACAAACUUGAGAGGAAGCUUAUCGUAACAGACCACAACAGUGGAAGCACUAGCAGCCCUAUGAGUACUGGCAGAAGUACAAGCAGCCGCGCUGCCGUUCAGGCGAGUCCUACGCUGCGACUUCUCUCACGCACGCCGCUUAUUUAUGAACUCAGGCCUUCUGCUGACUUUGAACCCAAUCGAGCCGAUUUUAAGAGGUCCCGCGUGUCGCUCAGCACACUAGCACUGUCCUCAAUGCGCUUGAAGGCGGGCGAGUACGGUGACAACGCGGUGGAUUACGGAGCUCCGCCGGACGAAGCCCUGCCCUCGUCGUCUUCGCUCGUGCCCACCCUUCGGCGAUACGUCACCAGCCGUCACACGAGCCCUGGCUCCGCUUCGCCUUACCGCCACUGGGUGGACCCACUGGCCCAACCUCAGACUGACACCCAUAAAAAGAAAUUGAAGACAUCGAAUGCCAGUGGCACUAAUGACAUUAACAUUGGAAUUCUGAUUACAAUUCCCACUUUAGUUACUAUAAAUAGAUAG